AUGGCGGAAGAGAAAGCGGUUAGUAGCGGCGUCGGCGAGAAGAAAGAGAAGACGAGUGAGACUGUUGAAUCUUCUACUCAUGGAGACGGAAAGAAGAAGCGUAAAGGUUUAUUUUCUCGAAUUUGGAAUUUUGUGUUUAGGUCUAAUAGAGAUAAUUUGGAAAAACGGCUUCAGAGUAUUUCUAAGGAAGAGUCUUUGGUUACGAGUAGGAUGAACAAGAGAACCCGUUCGUGGAGCCGAACUUCUCGCCAUAUUAUUAUUUUUUCUGUUUUCUUUGAGGUCAUUGCCGUAGCUUAUGCGAUUAUGACAACAAGAACUGCGGAUAUGAAUUGGAAAAUGAGGGCAAUUCGAGUUUUGCCGAUGUUUCUUUUGCCUGCAUUUUCAUCUGCUGCAUAUUCAACAUUUGUAAGCUUCAUAAGGAUGUGUGAUCGCAGGGACCUGAAAACUCUUGAUAGGCUGAGAGCUGAAAGGAAGGAAAAAAUUGAUGACCUCAAAGAGAAGACAAACUAUUACAUUACUCAACAACUCAUUCAGAAAUAUGACACAGACCCAGCAGCAAAGGCGGCUGCUGCAACUGUUUUGGCAUCCAAGUUGGGUGCAGAGUCAGGUUUGAAACUGCACAUGGCAGAUGAAUCUAAAUCUGGUGCUCCGACAGGAAAGACCAACAAUGUUGAACCUGUGCAGUCUAGUGGACUUAGGAAUCGCAAACAAGGGCAAGCUCAAUCCACUACUCUGGGGACAACCACUGCAAAUCAUACCGAUCAACAAGUCGUUGCUUCUAGGGGAACUGAUCAAACGCAGACUCGCACACAGAAACAGAUUGUAGUUGUCGAGCAUCACCAACCUCAAAGCUCAACAAAAUAUGAUGGGGGAUGGAUUGCUCAAAUUGCAGCAUUGCUUGUGGGUGAGGAUCCAAAGCAGUCUUAUGCACUCAUAUGUGGUAACUGCUAUAUGCAUAAUGGUCUUGCUAGGAGAGAGGAUUUCCCAUUUAUCACUUACUACUGCCCACACUGUCAUGCCCUGAACAAACCAAAGCAUUCAGCUGAGUCCAUAUCUGCUCUUAAUACGACAAACACCAGGUCUCCUGAAACAGAUGAUGGAGAGGCAGUUAAAAAUGAUGGUAUUUGUGCUUCUGACAGUUUGGUCAGACACAAUGAACCAGUGAAUGCUACCCCUGAGAUCGAGGACACAUCUGAAGAGGCUAAUUUAGGAGGGAAGGAAGAAAGAUAG